AUGGUAGUUGAAAUAAAACAGCGAAUUACUAAAGAAAAUAAACAACAACAAGAUAGAUUAUUAAUUGGAGCUGUUGAGCCAAAUGUUAUUAUUGAAAUAGAUCCAAAUCAUGUUAGUAAAAGAGAAUUAGGUAAUACAUUAAGAUUAGAAUUAUUUAAUUCAAUAAAAUCAAUAAUUUCUAUUGAUAUGAAUGAAUAUACAGAAUCUAAUUCAAAUAUUCGAUUCAUAGAUAAAUUAUCAAAUUAUGUUAGUUUUGAACAAGAUAGUCAGCUAAUAGAAACUGUUCAAGAGCAAUUUAAUGAUAUUAUUUUAUUUGAUGAAAUUGAAAAAGAACAUUUACAAAUUUGGAAUAUUUUAUUAAAAAUUUUAAAUAACAGUUAUUUUAUUGUAAAUCAAAUAAUUAGUUUUCAAAAUACAAUUAUUAUAUUUACAUCAAAUAUUGGCGAACAAUUUAUUUUAGAAGAAAAUCAAAGUUUAUUAUCGACCACAGAAAAUUUAAAUGGAAAACUGUCUCAAACAAUAAAAGAUCAUAUUAUGAAAGAAGUUUGUUAUUUUUUUAAAUAA